CUCCCACGUGGACGGCUGCGCCGCUCACUCCAUAGCAGGAUCUUCUCCGCCUCCGUUAUCCAUUUGCCCCUCCCCUCCCCGCGAAACAGCCGACAAGUCCGCUUCAAGACUCCCUUGGUCUCCGUCGCCUCGAGCGCGGCCAUGGGCGCCGCCGGCCUCCCGGCACCGGGAUGCUUGCAAAAAGUUGGACAAGGUGCCGUGUUGGACAUGUUCGGAUUGAGGACGGUCAGCUAUAGAACACACAAGACGUUCAAGUUUCAGUGCGUUGCAUCCAAUGGGCCUCGAUUUGGGACUGAUCUUUCUAAUAAGAAGAAAAUCAAAAGCAGGAAGAAGGCAAAGGAUGCUGCACUGGAUAAAAGCAAGGUAGCAUCUGGAGACUCAAAGAACCAGGAACAGUGGGCACCAGAAUUAGGAACUGGAAGAGAAGAAAAAUCUGGUAAAACAGUCAUGGAUAAGAAAUUUCUGGAAAAAAUUGAAGCUGUUCGAAGGGCUGCACUUGAUAAAAAGAAAGUUGAGGAGAAGAAAACUUAUCAAGCUAUUGAUUAUGAUGCUCCAAUUGAAUCAGAUAAGAGUACAAUUGGCUUUGGUACAAGGGUUGGAAUUGGAAUAGCUGUUGUGGUCUUUGGACUAGUUUUCACUCUUGGGGAUUUUCUUCCUUAUGGAAGUGAUAGUCCUAGCAAGGAAAGCACGGUGGUCAACAAACAACUUUCUGCAGAGGAAAAAACAAAUUUUAAGAGAGCGCUUGAAGGGUUCGAAGAAACAUUGACGAAGUCACCUAAUGAUCCUACUGCUCUUGAGGGUGCAGCAGUAUCAUUGGUUGAACUUGGUGAAUAUGAGAAGGCAUCCAGUCUACUUGAGAAACUAGUUAAGGUUAUCCCUGACAAAGCAGAAGCCUAUCGUUUGUUAGGUGAAGUAAAGUUUGAGCUCAAGGAUUACGAGGGGAGUUCUUCAUCAUAUAGGAACUCUUUAUCUGCAUCUGACGGCAUUGAUUUUGAAGUUCUUCGUGGUCUGACAAAUUCAUUAAUUGCUGCUAAGAAGCCGGAUCAGGCAGUUGAAGUAAUUCUCUCUUGCCGCCGGAAGUUGAAUGAAAAGAGUCAAAUACCAAGUGCUGACCUUAAGGCUGCAAAUGACAAAGGUGCUCAGAAGUCUCAAGAUAUUGAUCCUAUCCAAAUUGAUCUUCUUCUAGGGAAGGCCUAUUCUGACUGGGGCCAUAUCAGUGAUGCUGUUACAGUUUAUGAUAAGCUAAUCACGGAACAUCCUGAAGACUUCCGCGGUUAUUUGGCGAAGGGAAUCAUACUGAAGCAGAAUGGCAAGGCAGGCGAUGCAGAAAGAAUGUUUAUUCAGGCCAAAUUCUUCGCCCCAGAGGCAGCGAAGGCACUUGUUGAUAUUUAUGCACAGAGAUAGAGAUUCAGUGCACAAUAAAUAACGGGAUAAAAGUUACAGACAUAUGGCAUAUCAGGUUGAUUGAAACAUAAGCGAGGGCAACAGUCCAAGAUAAGGAAGGGAAAAAGCAACAGCAAAAGAGCAGAGUUGGAAGGGAAGGAAGGAGGUAUCUUGAGAAGAACUUGGUCUAAACGUUAGGAUAGAGUUCAGUUUUGUUUAAGUCCAAGGCUUGCUAUUCCCUUUCUGUUUCAAAGGGGGCUGGACUGAAGUUGCAUGAAAACUAUGAAUGAAAUUUGCAAGGGGGCGAAAGUUUGCUCGCCUUGCUUCUCAA